AUGACGCCAAAAACCCGCUCGGGGGGUGUCCCCGCUGCGAGCCGCGUCUAUCAUUCAACGCCCGCCCAACAGCAAGCACAUUUCCCAGCACGCAAGAAGGUUGUACGCACAUAUGGAAAGCAGAAUAGAAAGAAACAAGCAGAGACGCCCUCGAAGCUCUUGCGACAACAAACACUCACACAAUUCGACUUUGUAUCGAGCUUCGAAGAUCGUGAUCCGAUUGUUUUGAGCGAUAGUGAAGAAGACGAGAUGGGAGCUGAUAAGGAAGGAGAGGAGAAUAACGAAGACGAAGAGCAAAAGACACAUGACGAAGAUGACGAGGAACCUAUAUCGAGUGGUAGAAAACGAAGAGCGACUGCAAAGAAAGCCUCCGCUAAGAAUACCCGGUCGAAACGCAGAAGAACGCUAGGAGAUGAUACGGAUGAACAACAACCCAAACCAAAGAAAGAAAAGAAAUCGAGCCGGCGCAAGACAAUGGGAGAUGCACCCAGUAGUAGCUCCAGAUAUCACACUCAAACGUUGACCCAGUUCCUCGGCCGCGAUUCAACGCCUACCGAGCUCAUCAAGGACUCUGAAGAUGAAGAUGACGAGUUCCAGCAGUGGCUAGGAAACCCAAAGAGUCCAAGCCCGGUACAUAUUCGAAAGAAGAAACAUGUCUCGCCCGUCAAGACUCCGAAGAUUCUCAAAUCAAUAUUGAAGCGCAAACCGGAAGAGGACCUGCCUCAGCGCGAGGAAUCUGUUGUGCCGCAAACACCAGACAAGCAGACGCCAGGCAAGCGAGCUAAAUCGGUCGAGAUACCUUCCUCGAGCCAGUUAUCCGCGCCGCCAAGUAUAUCAUCUACACCCGCUAGCAUGAUGCUCGAACGGUACGGUCCUGCUGAUCGCGUGUCGGUAUCGCCUGCGAAAAGAAAGAUGUCGUCACCUGCUGUGCUAUCACCACUUAAGGAGCUUAAGGGUAAGCCUCGAGUGGCUACAACAACUCGAAAGCAUGAACGCAUCAUUCAAGAUUCUUAUGCUACUGAUAGCUGGGGGUCAACCGGCCGUACACCUCUGCGAGAACUCCCUGUGGACUCGCCUAAUAAAACUCCUAGGAGUAUUCUUGAGCCGCUGGAGUCAUCUUCUGGAUUGGAAGAGAUAGAGACGCCCACUAAAACGCGCAGAGGCGGUAGUACCGAACUCGGCGGAAGCCAAAGAAGUGGCAGUCCUACACCAAGAAUGAAGAAGGUAUCACCAGGCAGUGGCAAGAAGAGAGUUAUGCUUGAGAUUCCCGAUUCGGAAGAAGAGGACGACGAAGAUUUUGGCGAGGAUGAGAAUGAGGACGAGGGUCAGGAUGAGGAUGAGGAUGCAGAGAACACAUUUGUUGCUGGUGCUGAAACACAGCUUGUGAUGAGUGAGCUGGCUUCAUCAGAGGAGGAGAUUAUGAGAGUAUCCUCUUCAGCACAAUCAGAAACUGUCAGUACUACUACUACUAAACGGCAGGCCUUCGCUCCGAUAAUCUCGGAGGAAUCUUCCAGCUCCUUAUCGCUGCCGCCCCUUAGUUCACGACAAACAGAACCCCGUCCCCCUUCAUCAACACCCAAAGCGAGAAGUCGUCCAGAAAAGCGCGUUCGCAAUCCUAUCCAUCGCCCUCUUCCACCAACUCAAACACAACCACUGGAAUCUCAGCGUGUGCCUUUGGCCACGCUACAGUCACUUCCACCUGCAUCUGCCCGCACAGAUGUCCUGCUCCCACUUUCACAAGACAUCCUUGAUGAUGUUCUAGAAGGCUAUCAGGCCGACCUUAUCCUCAACUUCAAAAUACCCGCACAGGUAGUUCGCUUCUGGUUGUACGACGGCGAACUACUACGAUUUAUGGCCUGCGCUGAACCUGGCCGUGUAACCGAGGGCCCAGCUUGGCGUUAUCACCUCACACAGGUGUACGAGCUGAACAAUCCCGUUGAAGGCGACGACAUGCGUGAAGAAGGUUGGAUCGAUGGUGACGUUGAUCGCUACGUUUAUUUCCCUCCUGCUGUUGUUGGUCAACUGCUGUGGAACUUGCGACACGCCAUGUUUAAGGAAGGUGAUUCGCAAGAUGAGUCAAUGCAGAUUAUACAGGAUGAAGAUGAUAGUGGAAGAGUUGAUCUCUUUGUCGACUCAUCACAGCCUGCUCCUGAAGAUAAGCGUCCGGCUCCUACCGCAAGUCUGAGUGUGUCACAGCAGGUGGAAGAGCAGCUUAAGAGCGACUUUGCUUCAUCAACACAGUUUCCUCCCUCGGAUGACAUUCUCGUCCCCUCUACGCCCGACGAAGAGAGUAAUGAAAAUCAAAACAAAACACCCCCAGCCCACAUACCUCCCUCUCCUACGACCAUUAAACCUCCCCCGCGUCGAACUCCCCGUACAGCGUCUUCGCACCGUGCCUCUCGGCCUUCUCUAGGCAGCGUAUCUAAGCGGCCCACGGUCCGCCCGUCCCAAGCUACAACCGUCUCCCAAGCCUCCACCCCUGAAAAGCAGUCAUCCUCUUCUAUUCGCCGCCCUCCCAUGCAUUCAUCCAGCAGCAUCGGGCUUCCCGAGAGUCUACUAGACGGUUACGAUGAGGAUGCACUACAUCUGCCACCGGAUUACAAUCCAGGCUCAUCGCAGCUUCUGACAAAAAGCCAGAUGCUCCCGGAUAGCCUGUUGCGUGACGACACGAGGGUUCCGCCCGAGAUUUGGGACUCGGAUGAAGAUGAACGGCUGUAG